UCCGCUGCAGGAGGGGUUGCACGGCGUGGUGCGGGCGUUCUCGCAGAUUCCCCCCGCCUUGGGGCCCGCAGCGAGUCAUCCAGAGUCGGAGCCCUCGUGUGGGGUCGGGGUGUGUGCGAGGCGGUGCGGGCGGCCCCGGGGCGGCUUGACUGGGCCCAGCCCGUGGUGAGGGGGUGCGGCGGCCUCUGCGGGUGCGGUUGGUCAGGAGCACAGGGGACAGCGGCGGUGGAUUCAGUCAGCGCAGCAGCGGUCUAACAUGUUUUCUUUCUAAGCCGAGGAACGUUUUAACAUGACAAUGCAUUUACUCCCGGCUGCAGCUUUUCACCAGCAGCCCUUAAAGAGUGCACAAAGGAUUGGCGUUCAUUACAGGUGGGGAGCCCCAAGCAGGUUAAGUUGGUAUAUUAGCCAGAAACUUAACCUAGGUUUUGGUGUAAGAGAGUAAGAAAUGAUUUUUUUGCAACAGUUUUGUUAGUGGGCAUGAAUAAAACUCUGUAGAAGAUCGGGGAGAAGGCAAUGCGUAAUCAAAAUAUGAAAUAUGAAAAGGAGGAUGACACGACUCGAUAGGGAAAGCUGUAUAUGCGAGGUGUUAGGCAAAAGGAAUCAGCCAGGUACAAAUGCAGGCUGGAGGAGAUGCCUCCCAAACGCUCUUUGUUGGAAACAAAGUCUAGGUUAUUGCAAACAAGGUGGCAAUGUUGUCUGUAGUAGCUUUAAAGCUUUUAAAAAUUCUUGAAUUUCCACAAAUUAAAUGCAUUUAGUAGCAGUGUGAACAACCGGCAUAGAUUUUAUAUCAUCAUAGCUUGCAUAGAUCAGGAGUUCACAUUUCAUAAAUGACAGGAAAUUGAAAUUGUGUUUACAGAAUAAUUAGGAAAAAGAAAAAAAAAGGUAUUUUAGUAACAUGAAGAGAGAGAGAAAGGAAAAAACAGAAUGAAAGAAGGGGAGAGGGGAGCUGGCAGAAUUGUUCCCUUCCAAGACAUAAGACAUUUGAUUCUUCAGUACCUGAUUCAAGUAGAUGGUGUGUUACAAUACACGAAAUUUUGCCAAAAGAAGUGGAAUGCUUACCUUCUUGAUGCACCUAGGACAUCAGUGAAUAGAAAUUAUAUUAAUGCACUGCUAAUAUUUCAAAAUGACUCCAUCUUAGAGGUCUUCCAGAUUUUUUUCUAUCUCUUUACAGUGCCCCUCCAAUGAUUAAACGCAUAUAUAUUUUUAUUUCCUUCCUUAUGAAGGAAUUCUGGUGACACUCCAUUCCUAUCCAGGAAGAACGAGAGUUAUUUUUUCUUUCUAAAACUGUCGGACUGCCCACAGAUCAGAUCUGAGAGACUCAACGUUAACAUGGGGCAAGUUUGGUUAGCAGUCGUCCAUGUUAUUGAGGACAUAAUCAGAAAGCAGAGGUGACUGCAUACAUGUAACCAGUAUGAUUGUAGGUGGUUUGCUUGGUAACUUUUCUGUGAAUUUCCUGCUCAUCACUCCUCCAGUAUUAUUUCUCUCCCUUACUAGGGCACCUUCCUUACUUCCUUUCCUUCUGCUAAUAGCUGCCAACUACUCACUUCAUAAUUAUAAACAGAAAUUAAGCUGACAGAGUUUUACAUCGUGGGAGUGAAAGGGAACCUUAUCUGAGUUGUACUAGUUAUUUAACUGGUCUUGCAGCAAGGCAAGAAAAAACUCAUUAAUUCUACUGAGAUUAUCCAGAUGUGUGCAUAAGUAAUCUUUUGUUUGUUACACAACCUUUGCUACCACAUCUGACUGCAAAUGUGAAAAUAUGCAGAGCACUGGUGUUGUCUUAGUAUAACAUAGUUUGCCUUCUGGCCAAGCUUGGUUUUAUUAUCUAUUCCAAAGAAACAAAAACGUGCCUAAUACAGUACAUUUGGGAAGUUGGUGAGCCUAUGGUGAAUCAAGAAUACAAUUUGUUCUCACGCUGGGUAAGUACUAAGAAUGAGGCUUAAGUCGAAUUCUUUUCUCACGGCAUGCUAUCUUAGCAGCACUGUUCUGUCUGCUUUUCCUAACAGGAUAACUGGUGGUGGAGAGCCGUAUGCAGGCAAGCUACAGGGACUGAAUGUUUAAGUACCCGUGUGUCACUAGUGUCGCCUACACAGCUCAGGCAGAUGAGAAGACAGUCCCUGGUACUCCUACAGAUGCUAACUCCAGAGCCUUAUUGGUUUGCAGUGGACCUUUAGAACAUUAUGACUUUCUGAUUAAGCAAAAAGAGCUGAAAAAUGAUGAGCAUCAAAGAAGAGUUGUGCAGCACCUGCAGAAGUUGCACGAGAGCCUUAAAGGCUACAGCAUCAGUUCAAAAAAUCUUCUCUCAAAGUUCUUUGCAAAAAACACCCCCCCAAAAGGUCUUUAUGUCUAUGGAGAUGUUGGCACAGGAAAGACAAUGGUGAUGGACAUGUUCUAUUCUCACUUAGAAGUAGAAAAGAAAAAGAGAGUCCAUUUUCAUGGCUUCAUGCUAGAUGUACAUCAGAGAAUACAUCGCCUUAAGCAGAGCUUGCCAAAAAGAAAGGCAGGAUUUAUGGCCAAGUCAUAUGACCCAAUUGCACCAGUAGCAGAGGAAAUAAGUGGAGAGGCUGCUCUCUUGUGUUUUGAUGAAUUUCAGGUCACUGACAUUGCUGAUGCCAUGAUUCUGAAGCAGCUUUUUGAAAAUCUGUUCCAAAAUGGGGUUGUCGUUGUGGCAACAUCUAACAGGCCUCCAGAAGAUCUCUAUAAAAAUGGUCUUCAGAGAGCUAAUUUUGUACCAUUCAUUGCUGUGCUGAAGAAGUACUGCAGCACAGUCCAGCUUGAUUCUGGAAUAGACUACAGGAAACGAGUGCUUCCUGCUGCUGGAAAACUUUACUACCUCACAAGUGAAGCUGAUGUGGAGGCUGUCAUGGAUAAGUUGUUUGAUGAGCUGGCUCAGAAACAAAAUGAUUUAACUAGACCAAGGAUUCUAAAAGUGCAAGGCAGAGAGCUGAGGCUGAAUAAAGCGUGUGGAACCAUUGCAGACUUCACGUUUGAAGAGCUGUGUGACAGACCUCUUGGAGCCAGUGACUAUUUGGAAAUAUCAAAGCACUUUGACACAGUCUUUGUUCGUGACAUACCGCUUCUUACAAUGGCAAAAAGGACACAAGCUCGUCGCUUCAUUACUCUUAUUGAUACCUUUUAUGAGCAUAAGGUGCGUAUUAUUUGUUCUGCAGUGACUCCUCUCCAAAGCUUGUUCCUGGUAGAACAUGAUAGUGGUGAGGUAGAGAACAACAGAGUCUUGAUGGACGAUCUGGACUUGAGCCAGGAUUCUGCCAAAGGACUCGCCAUGUUCACAGGAGAAGAGGAAAUCUUUGCCUUUCAGCGUACUGUCUCGCGGCUCACAGAAAUGCAAACUGAACAGUACUGGAAAGAUGGGGACAGAAGCAAAAAUAUGUUAUAAUUAAAAGUUGAAUAAAAUCACCAAGAAGUAAAACUACAGAAUGGGAAGGAUUUUUAGCACAACUGAAAUAAUAAUUGCACUUUAUCAUCUGGACCAUGUUUUCUUUUAUCAGUUGUUUUUUGCGCUUAAGAAACGAGGACUUGAUUGUUUUUCAGUACCACCAGUGCGUGGACAUGUGAAAUUUUGCCUUAAUUUUCUUUUCUGUAAAAUACAAUUUUGAUGUUCAGGAAGUUUAAGGAGAUUAGAAUUUUGCUGGAGAAUUGGACUAGAGACAAAGUUAAUGGGCUGUUCAGGGUUCACAGUAGAUUUAGAAUGUCACAUGAAGAGGGCACUUCAUGGUUCAUGUACUGCUUCUGUCAUGUACAAUGCAGUUGGCAAAAAAGAAAAAUCAAAUGCUGUCUUUAUGAAACUCCUGAUACUGAAUAGGUCCCUGAUAGAAUUCUGGAAGUGCUCUGUUGUGUAUUCUGUUGUGGGUUUAUUUUCCCCCUAUUUUCUGUGUGUAGCCAUCUGCUGACUUUUCAGGCUUUAGGUUUCCAGUAGUCAGCUUGUUGCUCAGUUUGGUUCAUCGUAAACUAAUGGUUUGAGCCAAGUGAGAACCCUGAGGAGGAGGUUGAAGGUGCUUGAAACUGCACACAGUUAAAACCAAGGUGUUUUAACUGCAGGAUUUAGAUUACCAAGGUAAUCAUGAAUGGGAAAAGAAACUAUGACAGGGAAGCUAUGACAGGACAGCGUGUACUGUAACAUGUAAGUGCAAGUUAAUACUUUCUAAAUUUUGCAGUUCUUGCAUGCCUGGAUAUGCUGCCUUUACACCAGUGUUAUAUAUCUACCCUGAAUUUUCUCAGGCUUUGUCUAUACCAAACCUGAUAUUGCUUCUAGCACACCUGCUCUCAUCUGGGGAGCGUGAUCCUGCCCCUCUGCUCUGCUAUUGUGAGACCCCACUUGGAGUACUGUGUACAGUUCUGGUGUCCUCAACAUAAGGAGGACAUGGAGCUGUUGGAACGAGUCCAGAGGAGGGCCACAAGGAUGAUAAGAGGGCUGGAGCACCUCCCGUAUGAAGACAGGCUGAGAGAGUUGGGGCUGUUCAGGCUGGAGAAGAGAAGGCUGCGUGGAGACCUCAUAGAAGCCUUCCAGUAUCUGAAGGGGGCCUACAAGGAUGCUGGGGAGGGACUCUUCCUUAGGGACUGUAAUGGCUUCAAACUUAAACAGAGGAAGCUUAGGUUAGAUACAAGGAAGAAGUUCUUUACAGUGAGGGUGGUGAGGCACUGGAAUGGGUUGCCCAAGGAAGUUGUGAAUACUCCAUCCCUGGCGGUGUUCAAGGCCAGGUUGGACAGAGCCUUGAGCGACAUGGUUUAGUGCGAGGUGUCCCUGCCCAUGGCAGGGGGGUUGGAACUAGAUGAUCUUAAGGUCCUUUCCAACUUCUGUGAUUCUAUGAUGUUUGGGUUUAAUUUAACUGAAACAAAAUACUGUAUUGUGCUUAUUGACUUACAGUGCAUUUUUAUAAAAGGCCAUUUUAAUAACAUAGUUAGAACCCCCGAAGAUGGAAAAAUAUUAUGCAGAUGGACUGAAAAGAUGGCCCUAAUUGCUUAGGGAGGAGAUACGUAACACACUGUCCCCAGAUUUGAGGGGUUUUCUUGGACUUUGCAACAUGACCUUUUUCUUGUACUGUAUCUGUUACCAAAAAUAUUCUUCUCUGCCUUUGUUUAGCCUGGUUGAAUUGUUUCAGUUGUAGCCCUCCAUCACAAUUACAGAAAGCUUUUAAAAGGGAUUUUUGGGGGGCAGGGAAGACUGGAAAGGUCCUGUGCACUUGCAUGUGUUUUGAGAAUACAGAUGGUUUGGAGCCAUGUGCUCAAGUCUGGUUUUCUGUUCUGACCACUUCUGUUUGUCCUGGAAGUUACUUACAGUGGCUAUACCUGUUCUUCAAAGAAUUUUUAAAACCCGUAUUUGUAGUUUACAACUUAUGCAACUAUGUUGUUAUUCCCACAAGUGUGACUACCAUGGAGAAUUUUAAUGUGUAUUUAUGAAAACCCCAAUCAGAAUACAUUGCUUAUACUGCAUGAGCAAUGACUAUCUGAAUAAUGGAUGUAUAUUUUCAGAGAUUUGUAUUCGGUUUCUCAACAGAGGGACUAUUGAGAUUCCUGCAUGUGUGUCUGUGUAUGUACACACACUUAUUAUAUACAUAUAUAUAAAUAUAGAUAAAACUAAUUUAUAUAACUUAAGUGUGUGUGGUUCUAUGUUUAUACAUGCCAAUCUAUACUCAUGAGCCUGGGACUGUGCUGAGUCUGUCACUAGGGCAGGAUGCACAGCACUGGGCAUGUCUUGGCCCAGAGUGGUGCACCACCUCCAGUCCUGUAGGUGAUUCCAGCAGUCCUGUCCCCUGCUGCCUGGCCUGCUCCUGACUGCUGUGAGACAGCACAGUGGUCCAUGACUUUUUAUUACCACAUUAAGAUGUUGUAUUUGCCAAAAUGUAAACAGUGAGAUGCCUGUGAAUAAACUACGCACACUCCUUAAUGGCCUUAAAAUUGCUGGAUUUAUGCUGGAUGCUUCUAUCCCAAGAUCAAAUAUUGGCUUUUUAGGUUUUUCUUGACUUGUAAAUUCAUGUCAUCUAGGAUCUGCAACAAGUUUUUAUUUCCCUUUUAGUCAUUCAGCAAACAUUAUUGCCAAGUUAAUUUUAAAAGUAAUUUUGAGUAAUCCUAUUGAUGUGGUAUUAUAUUUUGCUGUCACAGGAAGUAAAAUCCUUGUCAUUAUGGACCAUGUGAAAUGUUUCAUGUUGGUUUGUAAAGGCCACAUCCUGGCUAAGAACCUCUCAGCUAACUUGUUUCAAAUACUUGAUUGACAAAGGAAUGUUCUCAGUGCCUGAAAAUUUAAAUUACAGCUUCUGUGAGUAUAGUUACUUUAUCCAUACAAACAUUUUAUCUUUAAAGCUGUAUUUUCAUUUUGCAUUCUUGUGCAGUAGCUCUUACUUAUCUUUUUUAAUAAAUAAUGCAGUUCUGUCUUUCAAAGUCACUGGUUUUCAGUAUUUACCUUUACACAGAUCGAGGGAACAAUUACAGUAUUUUGGGUAUAACAAGACAGCCUUCCAAAGGUCUUUGGAGGGAUCAGAGAUGAGCUUCUUGUUGUUGUUGCUUUUGAUCUAAAAAGGAAAACCAUUAAUGGCUUUUUUUUGAGUAAAGGUGAUCAUAAUGACACUAUAGCUGGAUAGAUGUCACCUAUUUUGAAGCAGUUUAAACAUGGAAAAAAAAACCUGACUGAGUUUCAAACAGUGCUCUUCAUGGUCACCAGCCAUCUAACAAGGAGGAAGAACAGUCUCUCCAUCAGGGCCUGUCUAAGAGGAUCAAGAUCCAGGAGGUUUCUUUCUGCAGUUACCUGUAUCUGAAUACUCCUGGUGACUCAGUUUCCCUGUUGAUAAAACGGGAAUGACGUUACUUUCUGAUUUGCUGACACUGGAGUGCUGCCAGGCUUCACUCAUUAAUAUUCUAAGCUGCUUGCUGAGGCUCCGGGAUGAAAAUACUUCAGUAAAGUAUGUAAAUAGUGCAAAAAAUAAUUUAGCUACUCAAAGUGGAUUAGUUUCCUUGUUUGGGUUACAGAAUUAUUGCCAUCAACUACACACCACGUGCCUCUUUCCUGUGAGGAUUUUUUUUUUUAAUAAAGCAUCUAUUUUAAAGAAAAAAAUAUAAUCUAAGGUUUAUGAUUCAAACCCUAACCAAGUCAUGUAGUUUUUCUUCUACCUGUAGCAACACAUUUCCUGUGUGAUUCAUUACAACUUUAGCUCCUGUACUUGUGAACUACAGCAGCUUUGUAAAUUCUGUUGGGAUUUUCCUUGUAUACUGAGAAUUAUUUUUUUAAAAAUAUAUCAUUUUGAGUAAUAUAUAGCGAACUGAAUACUUAAAUCUUUCCGUUAUUUGAGAAUAAUUUAUGUUGUAAUAAAGAAAAAUUAAUAAAUCCAGAUUUUAUAAGCAUUUCACUUAUCAUUCGUGCUAUUUUUACAUAAGUGUUCUGAAAAGAAAGGCCUUCUGUUAAUGACUUGGUGAGAUUUAGGGUUUUUUAUCUGUGUACCCAGGGUACAAACCUGGACUGGCAGCACUGCCGGUUUCUGGGCACUCAGUUGCCUGGAUGAGCCAUAGCACCACAGGCCAUUGCCCAACAUGUGGCUCAGCCUUUAGUAGGUGUAUCCAGGGCUUGUGAGAAAGGUCCUCCUCCUCCACACGCAGUUUAGACUUGUCCUCCUCAGUUACUGCUGCCGGCAGCCCCCAUUUUGGGGUUUGGAACCCUUUUUUCCACCUGACUCUUUUCUCCAGCAACUUGAGGGUGAGGCGCUGCAGCUUGAGUGCAAACCACAAUUAAAGUGCUCUUUUUUUUCCUGUUAAUUUGGGAUUCUUACUGUUCAAGAUGUGCUUUUGCUGACAGCUAAUUAGUGCUGUGGUUAGUUGUUACAGGUUCUGCGCAGCUUGGAAAAGUGCCCCUGGGAAGAAGUUAGUUAACACUUGGGCAGGCAGAGAAGUCCCUGCCCUGAUGGGCUGGGAGGGUCACUGCAGCCCCCAGUGCAGGUGCCCUCAUGCAGCACCUCUUAGUGUUGGGAAUGGGAGAGCAAGGCUCAGUGUGACACUUCUUCACCCAUGCCAGUGGCAGAGGGUCAACAGUCCUUUACAGUUUGGGCUUGAGAAACCAGUGGUGUAAAAUUUUCUAGGAGGGGUUAAAUUUUGGGGCUAUUUCUAUGCCUUCUGCUGGAAACAUUCAGUCUCUCCAUUUCUUGCAGAGAGUCAUUGUCAUAUUGAGUAUCAAGCUGUGGCCAACUUGCUCCAGUAUCUUGCCUGCAGCAGUAUGAUAUCCAGUGUUUGAGAAGAGCAUCCAGAAAAUUUCUUAAUACCCCCCCAGUACAGAUUUGCAGAGGUUUGUGGAGCAGGAGGCUGUAUCCUCAGAAUGGCUGCAUGCCUUGUUACUUACGUAAACACUGGAUCUUUCUCCAGGCUCAUUUAAAUCUUUUUUUUUCCCCUCAAGCACCCUGCUGCAGUGAGACGUCAGGGUCUAGUUAUUUUGCUCAAAGAACAGCCCCUUUACGUACUUUGCUGCCUCUUCCGAAAUACUUCAAGAACAGAUGCAGCCAAUCUGCCUUUGCAGUUUUGUUUGUCCAAUGGAUGUUUCUCUCCUAUCCUUCUGAUCCAUUUCCUCCCAGAGAUGAGCAAUCCCCAAUGUGUCCAUCUCUUAUCAGAGACGAGUGCUGCUCGUCUUGGGACAUUCAUCUUUUCCUGUUGUUCUGCAACCUCAUUUCUGAUGUUGGUUUGUGUGUGUCUCUGCUUCCCAAGACCCCUGGGCUUGGAGUUUCCUGCUGCUUCGCUUUGGGCCUCGAGAGCUCUGGCACAUAUGAAAUACAGGGUGUGGGGCCUGGGGGUGCAUCUGUGUCCCUGCAGAAAGGGAGAUGUUUUCUGACCCCUGGGUUGGGGCAGCGCCUGCGGUUGCCUUUCUGUCCACCGAGAAGAAGGACUUGCAGCGGCAGUGCCUUGCGCGAGAGUAGAGGGAGGAUGGAGCAGAUGGAGGAUGCAGGCCACUUGCUCCCUCUCCAGCCUUCUGCAUUCUCCACAUAUUUGUAAAACAA